AUGGACCUAUCUCUCAACACAACGCUCCGAUUUGGAUCACAAAACCAUAAUCCACUCAAUCACUAUCCUCAUAAUCCAAUUUCCAUUUCAAUCAAACUCAAGAAAUCAUCAACACUAAGAUUGACUGCAAAGAAAAAGUCAACGAUUGAAGGUAUCAGUGACGAGUUGAAUUCCGUAGCUUCUCUUAACCUUGAUUUCGCACCUUCUCGGAGACAUGUUCGAGAAGCCUUCACUCAUGUGCAACACAAACUAGACCAUUUCUUAUUCAAGACUGCACCUUCUGGAAUCAGAACUCAAGAAUGGUAUGAAACGAAUUCAAGGGGAUUGGAGAUUUUCUGCAGAAGUUGGAUGCCCGAACACGGAGUUCCAAUCAAGGGAGCUUUGUUUUUCUGUCAUGGAUAUGGCAGUACUUGCACUUUCUUCUUUGAAGGUAUUGCUAGACGAAUUGCUGCUUCUGGAUUUGGUGUUUAUGCAAUGGAUUUUGAGGGUUUCGGUUUAUCCGAAGGAUUGCAUGGUUAUGUACCGAGUUUCGAUGAUUUGGUUGAUGAUGUUAUAGAAUACUCUACAAAAAUUAAAGCAAAACCUGAGGUUAGAGAUUUGCCGCGAUUUAUAUUCGGGCAGUCGAUGGGUGGAGCAAUUGCUCUUAAAGCUCAUUUGAAGCAACCUAAUGAUUGGGACGGAGUCAUCCUUGUAGCACCAAUGUGUAAGAUUUCAGACGGCAUGAUACCGUCGACUACGGUUUUGAAUGUGUUAACUCUCUUGUCGAAAAUGAUGCCAAAGGCAAAACUAUUCCCUUACAAGGAUCUAACCGAGCUGAUUAUCCGAGAACCCGGCAAAAGAAAAUUUGCUGGUUACAAUGUUGUUUCUUACGAUGAUAAAACGCGAUUAAGAACAGGAAUGGAACUCUUGAGUGCAACUCAAGAUAUUGGAUCACAGUUAGAGAAGGUGUCUGCUCCAUUGUUGAUUCUUCAUGGAGCAGAAGAUAAGGUGACAGAUCCAUUGGUGAGCCAGUUUCUUUAUGAGAAAGCUUGUAGCAAAGAUAAGACUUUAAAGAUAUAUGAAGGAGGUUACCAUGGCAUUUUGGAAGGUGAACCUGAUGAAAGAAUUUCUUCUGUUCACAAUGAUAUUAUCUCAUGGCUUGAUUUUAGGUGUUCUAGAUGA